GGAAUUUUAGCUGGUUCUUUUGCUAUGCCCAUAGGUAUGAGAAAAUGGCCUAUCAUCCUUAGCUAUAGUUCAUAAAGUUCAUGGCUUCCUGUUCCUUUAAACCUUGUUUUAAUGCUGCAAUUGCUUUUGCUUUUAGAGUUAAGUUGAUGCAGAAACUAUGUGACAACAUAGGCGUUGUCCACCCCGGCAGUCAGAGGGUGGAGGAUGCCUGCAAGGAAAGAUAACCAAGAAAAUAACAGAUAGAGAUGUUUUUCUGUUUUUCUGUAACUGUGAUAUCUUCUAGUCAGAGAAGCACUCAUACUCUGUACAUGCCUAAAUGCUUAGCUUCUUAUUGGUUGUUGCAUUUUCAGAACUGUAUUAUGAUUGGUGAGAAAGUUCUGCCAUGGUAUCUAAGUGGAAUUGACUCUAUAAAUAUGUUGACAUUUCCUGAAAUUAUUGGGCAGUUUCCUCAGACUGCCACCUUGCAGCGCCACCUGCUCGUAAUAAACCUUCUAAGGAGAGAGAAAUUGUGUCUUGAGAGUCUUUGACCACCACUCAGCGAACCACACAGGAACCCGUGGUUUCGGGUUCCGCCACAGAAUGCAAUGCUAACAUGAGGAAUGGCAAAUGAGCAAUAUUCAAAAACCAGUGGGAGAAUAUUUCAGCCUCCCAUUCUGGACCAAACUAACUUCAAAGCAGGCACCAGGCGGAGGCACCAGGGCCGUGAUGGAGGCAGCAGAAUUAAAGACAAGCAAACAGAACAACAAAUAUACAGCUCAUUCUGGUUUUCCUGACAGUUCAUCAUUUACUUGUGAGAUGAUGUGCAAGGUGCCUGCCUGUAUGCUGAAACUAAUCAGGGUGAUUUCAAACCACAAACACUGGGCUGUAUUUGUCAUCAUGUUUAAGUUCAUGUCCUUUAUCUACAUCAUGUUCUACUGGAGAAUCACCCAGAAUGCCAAUAACAAUCGCCCAGUAUACCCUUUGCCUACAGAGGUUCAGUGUCCUCCUUUCCCCCCCAUUCUGAUUUCCAGAUGGUCUUCUCAAUCACCCAAGGACAUAUAUUUUCUGGAGACAUCUGAACGAACCAAUCCCAACUUCCUGUUUAUGUGUUCUGUUGAAUCAGCAGCUAGGAUUCACCCAGAGUCCAGAAUUCUUGUCCUUAUGAAAGGCUUGGCAAAGCACAAUCCUACUUUGCCCAAACAUUUGGGCAUUUCCUUGCUUAGCUGCUUCCAUAACAUUGAGUUCAAACAAUUGGAUCUGAAUGACCUUUUCUUGGACACUCCCCUGGCUGACUGGUAUUCCAGGGCUCAGCAGAGGUGGGAACCAUUUUUCUUGCCCAUCCUUUCAGAUGCCUGCCGAAUAGCCAUCAUGUGGAAAUUUGGUGGCAUCUACUUAGACACCGACUUCAUCACCCUCAAGAACUUAAAUAACCUCACAAAUGCACUUGGUACACAAUCCAAAUAUCUACUGAAUGGGGCCUUCCUCUCAUUUGAGCCAAAACACAGAUUUAUAGAGCUUUGCAUGCAGGAUUUUGUGGCAGAUUACAGCAGAUGGAUCUGGGGCCAUCAAGGCCCACAGCUCUUCACUCGCAUAUUUAAGAGCUGGUGUUCCAUCACUAGUCUCCAGAGCAGCCUAAAUUGUAGGGGCAUCACGAUUCUCCCACGAGAAGCCUUUUAUCCCAUCUGCUGGCAGGACUGGAAAAAGUAUUUUGAAGUAGUGAGUGCUUCGGAGAUUCCUAAUCUGUUUAAAAACACCUAUGCAGUGCAUGUUUGGAAUAAAAAAAGUCAAGGCGCCCAUUUUGAUAUCACCUCGAAAACCUUACUAGCUCAACUGUAUUCUCAACACUGCCCUUCUACCUACAGCCUAAAGAAGACCUAUCAGGAUAGCAACAUGGCCUAACAGCUCCUUUAUGGAUACAAAUGAAAGUCAACCAAAGUUUUCAGAUGUGGCUAAGUGCCCUUGGACAGCAUUCUGACCUAGAAGCCACAGCACCUGCUGUUAAGUGGAUGGGUUGCCAACUCAAUGUUUCAAAGAGCAGUUGAAUGGUGAUACACUCCGCCAGGUCCAUCCAUUUAAGAUGAGAACAGUUUACGAGGGACAACCAACAUUUGCAAUGUGUUGUGCAAUCAACCUCACUCUGGGUGUUAUAAGAACACCCCACUUUUAAAGGGGAGUAAGGCAUAUCUGGAGGCCAUGGUGUUACAGAACAGUGUUUGCUAUUUUCCCUCAGUCUUAAAAUGGUAAUGGACCCUUCAGCUGAAAUCACAUGUGCUUUACAAAUAUUUUAGUGUUCAUGUCAGAAUCUUCUCCUGCUUCUCUUAAGGUGUCUUAUUACUUGUGAUGCUGGUUUUUCAGGCUGUGCUUUGAAAGGGGCCAAGAGGAUUUUCAGAGAGACAGUGGCUGGGUUCAGACAACCUGAUAAUCAACCGGGGUGUGGAGGGGGUGGGGAAGGAGGCAACUGUCAGUUGAGUUGUUUAUUGUGUUGUGUGUGUGUGGGACACACAAUGCACACACAACCGACAGUACUCUAUUUUGCUAUUUUAAGCAACGGAGAAAAACAACUGGCUUCUCCGUUGCUGAUCAAAUAAUCAAUUGAUUAAGAUGUCAUGUGGAGGGCUCCCCCACCCUCCAUUGAAUGCACUAUUCUAUUGGUCAUAGAGUUCUCCAGCAGGAGCAGCCAAAACACCCCAGCUGCUCCUAUACAGCUGGCAGAACUCACAAUGGCUGAUGGGAUGCAGCCAGGAAGACUGAAGGAGGGAAGUUGGAGCACCGGCAGCCCAGAAGGACACCAGGACUUUCAGCUGCAUGACCGGGGGGGACGGGGACGGGGAUGGGACACACAUGUUGUGGGGGUGUACUAGGAGAAUAAUGCGCAAUGAGUGUGCUAUUACACCCUCCGUUGCCUAAUAUGUCAACCGAACUCAGCCAGUGAGUACUUUCAAACAGGGGGAAAUUGUCUUUCCUUACCAUUGCUCUGCUUCUAGCAUCUCUAUCUAGCUAAUAGGUUAAGACAUGUUGUUGAAGCAAUUAUAGGGGUAGGGGACUUAAAUUGGAUGGAGGAAAAUAUGUUAGGGAACAUUGAGUUGAAAUUGCAAAAUGUGUUUUUUAAGGAAAAAGGGAAGGGUAAAUGGCUUAAUGAUUUAGAUAACCAAUUUUUGAAGUUCCAUUGGGAACUUUGGAAUAAUUAUAAAAAGGAAUUGUUUUCAAGUAAUUCCCCCUUAACACCGGUGAUAAUGUUAAAGAAAUUUCCUGAAAAUUUAAAGAAGAGGUUAAGUAAAGUUUUAAAAGAAAUAAAUAAAAUGAAAUUAGGAGAGUGGUUAAGGGGGAUGAAUACAAGAGAGAGGUUGGAAGAAGUUCUGAGAGAUUUGGAAUUAACGUGGUUAAAUUAUUUUCAAUUAGAACAAUGGACUAAAAAUUGGGUAAGAGAAAAUGGAGAAUGUAAAGAGAGGACGAAAUUUGAGGAAUUAAUUGAACAAAAAGAAAUAGAUAAGGGACAAAAUAUAGGGAUAAAGGGGUUAGUGAGUCAAAUAUAUAAUAUAUUAGUUGAGAAAGGAGGGCUGGAUAGUGCUGGGAAAAUGGUUUGGGAGACUGAUUUGAAGAUACAAAUAGGACAACAGAGGUGGGAUGGACUAUGGAGACAGAGAGUGUUGAGAAAUAUGUCAGUAAGAAUAAAGGAGAAUUACUAUAAACUUGUAUGGAGGUGGUAUUUAACUCCGGUUAGAUUAAAUAAGAUUAAUAAACAGCUUUCAGCAGAUUGUUGGAGGGGUUGUGGUGAAAAGGGAACGUAUUUACAUAUGUGGUGGGAUUGUAUACAUGUGCAAAAGUUAUGGAAGAUGGUGUUUUAUGAGAUUGAACAGAUUGUGGGAUUUAAAGUAGAAGUUACACCAAGGAUUGCAUUACUCUCACUGCAUGAUGAUCUUAAAUGUAAUAAAGAAAUGAAAGAAUUGAUAACGAACCUGCUGACAGCUGCGAGGUUGAUAGUAACUAGGAAUUGGAAAACUACAGGAGAUUAUUGUAUUGAAGAAUGGUAUAAAGAAGUGUGGGACAUUGCUAUAAACGAUAAAUUGACAUGUAAUAUAAAAAUGAAAAAAGGCAUAGUAAAAACGAAUGAUUUUGAGAGUAUAUGGAAAAAGUUCCUGGAGUUUGUAUUUUCUAAAGGAAGGGGGGAUCCACCAACAGAUGAAACUAUGAGUUUUUGGAAACAAGAAUGUGAUCCCGAGGUGGGGGGAGCACUGUUAUGUUUAUUAUAUUAUGUUUAAUAGGUUAACAUCGAAUAUAUGAUAGUAAGGUAUUAUAAUGUCUUUGUAUUAAGUGAUUUUGAUUUGUGUUUGUUGUUUCAAUAAUAAAAAAAUUGAAAAAAAAAAGAAUGACCCAUGAACUUCAGUGAGUGGUCAAUCGCAAGCGUGCUAUAAAUCGCUCAUUUAAAGAAAUUGGAGACUAGCUGAGCUCUCCCAAAUCAGUGAUGUAGACAGCCUUGCCCUCAUUCUCAGCUGGCAAGAUCAGUUAGGUACCUCUGUGACACAAUCCUGUUCACUGUGAGCCCUGAUUGUUUGGGAUCACCCAUAUGAUUAAACAAGGGAGAAAAGAAUACAGUAAUUUGAAGUGAAAAUGGUACUGUACUAAAGCAGUGGCAAAGAAGGGAAAUAUACAAGAAAAUUAAAGAAAAAGAUGAAUAUUAAGGGGAUUUGGGGAAUCAUAGAAUAGUGGAGUUGGAAGGGGCCUAUAAGGGCAUCACGUCCAACCCCCUGCUCAAUGCAGGAACCCACCUUAUAGCAUACCUGACAGAUGGUUGUCCAGCUGCCUCUUGAAUGCCUCUAGUGUAGGAAAGCCCACACUACUAUAUAUUAUCUGAUCUUGUCUAGUUGUUCAUUGUGGUUUUGAUUAUACUUGUUAAAUUGGCCCUUCCGCAAUUGACCCAGGUACCAUGGGUGCCUUAGAAGGGUUUUGUCCGUUACAGUUUCUUUUCAUUUUCUACUUUGACAAUACAGCUGUUAAUGAUGAUUCCUAGGCUGAUAUUGGCCAUAUAAACUGAGUUUCCUUUGAGACUCUUUACCCUAGGCUUGUUGUAUAAUAUGCUACAGUUGAGGUUUGAAUGAAAUGUUUCACUGUAAGUAUGCCUUAUUUGUUUGUCCAUAUGUGUGUACACACCAAAAGAGCAAUGUUAUAAUUGAAUCUCUUAUGUAUUUCAGUGUGUGCUCUGUUGAUUCUAUUUGGGAAUGAUAAAAGUCAGUCAGCCCCACUUGAUAAAUGUUUGCGCAUAUAAAGCUAGGUAGGUAGGUGUAAACAUUAUGUGUGGUAUAUACUAAAAACAAUUCUUUCCUCUCUCCCCCUAUGGCACCAAUUAAUGUUUUUUGUAUGUUUUGUAUGUUCUUUAUAUGUUAGACUAGCUGAUAUCCUGGUGUUGCUAGGGUCCAUGAAUAAUGUUUAUAACAUUUAUUUGAUAAAUAAAUAAAAAUCUCUGCAUUCA